GGCGGAGAGGGCGGAGUCUGUCGCUACGGACAGACAGAGAUAAACGGAGGCUCGCAGGAAGGCACGCGUUCAGUUACCUGCGUUUCUAAAGAAUUCCAGGUGCGUUUCCAGGUGAGCUUAAGUGUGCAUGUCCCUCACAAUGUGUGUCACUCUACAUGUGUGUGUGUUGUUGGCGGUGUGUGCGUUGAGCUGUGCCGUGCCUCAGUCAUCGUCUUAUGGAGAGAGAGGCUCUGAUCUCGGUCUGCAGGUGUUUUUGCGUGUGGUCCAGGACAAACCGCAGGAGAAUGUGGUCAUGUCCCCUCACGGCGUGGCCUCUAUCCUGGGCAUGCUGCUUCCGGGGGCCCAUGGGGAUACCCGCCGCCAACUGUUCACAGGCCUCAAAUACAAGAAGACGGGUCCGUAUAAGAUGUUGCGGAAACUGCACAAGACCCUGACCGCCAAGUCCAAUGCUGAUAUAGUGACAAUCGCCAAUGCGCUGUUCCCCAAGGAGGGUUUCAGCAUGAACGAAGACUUCUUGAAAGCCAACAGGGAGAACUUCCUGUGCGAGAGUCAAAGUCUUGACUACAACGACCCUAAGAAGGCUGCAGAUGUCAUAAAUGACUGGGUCAAAAACAGCACUAAAGGCCAUAUUCCCACUCUUGUUUCACCGGAUAUGUUGGAUCCAGCUACGACCCGGUUAGUGGCUGUAAAUUCCAUUUACUUCAAAGGCUUGUGGAAGUCACGCUUCCAAAGCCAGACCACCAAACCAAGGAGCUUCACAGCAGGAGAUGGAAAAACAUACAAAGUGCCCAUGAUGUCCCAACUCUCAGUCUUUAACAUAGGUCAAGCGAGCACACCAGAGGGAUUGAGGUAUACCGUGAUUGAACUGCCCUAUCACGGCAACAGGAUGAGUAUGUUCAUUGCAUUGCCGUCAGAGGAGGCCACGCCCCUGUCGGCCAUCCUCCCUCACAUCUCUACAGUGACCGUCCAAAGCUGGACCAAACAGAUGGCCCAGAGGAGAAUACGCCUCCUAAUGCCAAAGUUCACAGCUGAGGAAGAGAUGGAUUUAGAGGGUCCUCUCACAGCGUUGGGAAUCAAAGACAUCUUCAAUCAGGAUAAAGCUGAUUUCAGACACCUGAGUUCAGAUCCUGUCUAUGUGUCUAAAGCGCUGCAGAAGGCCAAGAUAGAAGUCAAUGAGGACGGAACCAAAGCCGCUGCUGCCACCACUGCAAUCUUGUAUGCUCGAUCUUCUCCUUCAUGGGUGACUGUGGACAGACCGUUCCUGUUUCUUAUCAGACACAACUCUACAGGAACCAUCCUGUUCGCUGGCCAGAUCAACAAACCUUGAGCAGAAAUCAAAGAUGAUUGACUUCCUGUAUAUCUCACCUAUGUACGACUCUCUCUCACACAUCAGCCCACGACUCACUGCACACACACACACGCACGCACACACACACACACACACACACACGCGGAUGGAUAUAUACUUUUUGUGCAUUCCGUACCUACAAUGCUUUGCUCUGAUUGUUGUCUUGGGUGUCUUUUUUACCUUCUUAUUGCAUUAGACAACAUCAUGUAUUAAAUUGCUGAUAUCUUUACAUUCUUGUAAAACAUUGUAUAUGAUUUUAUACAUAUUUUAUCAUUUGUGUCUAAUGCAUAACUCUCACAAAACGUAGGACUAAAAUGCUGCCAUAACUUUUGUUCAUGUUGUGAAUUUUUUUUAUACUGUCACUAAUAAAAUGGCAAUUUAUUUGUUUUAUAUCAAUGAAACAGUUUCAAACAUUAAGUGUCAUUUUAUUAAUUACGGUACUGUCUUUCUACAGUUGCGAACAUAGUUGUUUUGUUUAUUUAAUAAAGUAUAAACUAGUUAGUGUUGU